GCAUGGUAGUGGAAUAGGAGAAUUAGCAGGCCGUUGGGUGCAGGACUGGAGCGCAAGUCUGAUGUUAGCGCAAAUGAAUCGGUGCUAAUCAGGGCUGGCUCCUCAGCCGUGUGACCUGUUGAGCUGUCCUGCUCUCCCAGGUCAGGUGUUCUGGCUCCCGCGAGUGAGAUGGAUUUGGCCCUAGUUAUCUUGAGGGCAGUCUGGCUUGCAUUAGCGACCAGUAAUGAGAUUGCUCUUUCCAGAUAGCCUCCCUUCCCAGCAGGGCUCCAAGUGAAGAAGAGCCCAGGGCAGUAGCACAAGGGGAUGCUCGUUACUGGGUUCAAACAGGCCCAGCGGCCAUGCAGACGACCGGGCUACUGGGGUUGACUCGUUGUCUGAACCAGCCUGCUGCCAAGAGGGAAGAGAUUUUUCUUUUCCUUUCCAACAACCAGGCAGGCACUGGCUGUUGGAACCACACACACAUAGUAAAAUGUGUGGCUGAAGAAGGACCGAUCUGAGGAUAUUUCCUCAAACACACAGGGCCUGCUGAGGCUGCGUCAGCCCAGUCGCCCGCGUGCCCUGUGAGGUGGAAGUGGUGGCCCAGGGCCUUGACCAAGGGAGAUGCUGGUGGGUCCAGCCAGCCUGUUGCGUCCAGUCUACUGCGCAUUAGGGAAAAGAAGGUGCUGACCCCUUGGAGCCUCACUUGAGAGCAGGGAGACCCCUGUUCCCAGCUCCACGAACCCCCCAUCAGACUGAUGUCAGCUCUUAAGGCUGCCAUCACUGUGCUGAGGCUGCUGCUGAAUCAGGGCCUGCGGAGGCCAAUCCUCAGCUUGAACAGCGACUGAUGUUGUGACUGAGCUUCUUUGUUUAUUUAGCAAAAGGCACGUAUGCUGCGCUUUCCGUUCCGAUGAGGAGUCAUCCAGAAUCACUCCACCGCUUGCUCCACCUUGGCUUGUGGGAUAAGCCACGGCCCCUGAGCUGCUGAAAAUAGGAAGCAUCAGGCCGGACAAAGAGCCUCUCGAUAUACAGGAUUUAUCCCACUGUUUUACUGAGGUUUCUUCUUCCGUUUUCCUUGAUGGAGGGAAAACGCAGACCAUUUUUUCCAGGGGGUAUAUUCCUCUGACUUUCUAGUAUCCAAGCACUACUUGAUGUUGUGGUAUAUAUAACUGCACUAUAGUGGAUUUGGGACUUUCCACAAAGCUUUUGUUCCAGUAUUUGAUGGGUUAAAAUGUAAUCCCAAACUUUCCUCACUCCAAAGAACCUGCUAAAAGGGCUGGAAAAAAUGGGAGAGGCUCUGGAGGAUGAGAAUGUCAUGGAAAGUAAUCCCACACAAACUUCCCAGAGGGAGUGAUCUGGAAGCACAAAGAGAAACCCAAAAAGCCCUCUUGUGCCCCAGGCUGUGUGAACGUGACCCAGAGUACCAAAUCUUGGCUGUAGACCUGAUAUCCACCAACAUGAAUCCUGUGGUACAGGAAUUUCAGCGUGCCGAACUUUCCUGCAUCAUUUCCAACACCAAGACAGCCAACCCCAGGAUCGAAUGGAAGAAAAUAGGGAGCAAGGAGACCACCUAUGUGUAUUUCAACAACAAAAUGCAGGGAGAUUGGAUUAACCGUGCCCAGCUCCACAGCAGAACUUCUCUGAUCAUCUUCAAUGUGACCCGUGCAGAUAAAGGCUUGUACCGGUGUGAGGUGGCAGCGCAUGAAGACCCGCGCAUUGGAGCAGAGCUCAACAUCAAUCUGACAGUUCAUGUGAAACCAGUGACCCCAAAGUGCCGAGUGCCCCAGUCAGUGCCGGUGGGUAAAUCCGCCACCCUCUACUGCCAGGAAAAGGAAGGCUUCCCCGAGCCAACGUACAACUGGUACCGCAAUGGUGAAUCGUUGCCACUUGACUCCAAAUCCAGUUCCAAAUUUCAGAACUCGUCCUUCAAAGUGGACACAAAGACCGGCCUGUUGGUCUUCACCGAAGUGCAGAAAGGCGAUUCGGGCAGUUACUCCUGCAGGGCAAUGAACGCCGUCGGUGAUGCCUGGUGCGAGGAGAUGGAGAUGGAAGUCUAUGACCUGAACAUUGCUGCGAUUGUUGGCGGGAUCCUGGUGGUCACGGGGGUCCUGUCGCUGAUCACAGUGGGAAUCUGCUGUGCCUACAGGAAGGGUCUAUUCGUGAACAACAAGCAGAAUGGAAACAGCUACAAGACUCCAUCAAAGCCCGACGGUGUGAACUACAUCCACACGGAUGAAGAGGGUGAUUUUAGGCAUAAGUCCUCGUUUGUGAUAUGAAACAGCAAAGGAAUUUGGAUUUUUGCCUGCCUGCAAGGAGGGACUGCUGGAGACAAAAAUCCUUCUGGAACUCUAUUCAAGAGCAGAUAACAAAUGAUGUGUGCAGAAGCCUUUAGAGGAAAGAUGAAAAAAAGCAAGCCAGCCAGCCAGCCAGCGCACAUGUGCACACACGUGCGCAGACUGAUUUUGAUUUCUGCUCCCUUCUGUUUUGGCCAAAGUCAAGCAACGAUUUUUAACAACCGAACUGUUGCCUGCUCCCCUAGAAGCGACCCUGUGGAUCACAACCAUCCUUCCCGGCAGCAAGCAGAGCAUUUCGUUCAUUCUUGGCAGGGGAAAAUAAUAUCACCAUAGUAUGGACCGCUGCCUCCAUGCCGCUGGAGGUUGUGACGCUGUGCCAGCUUGGGGUUUACAAACUGCCAGGAUACCUAAACUGAAUAGGGGAAAACAAGCUUGGAAAUGGUUUUGCUUUGCUCUCCCCCCACCCCCCCUCCCUCUCUCUCCCUGUCCCUCUCAGCAGAAGUGUUACAACAGAAGUAGAAUGAAGUCCUGGCUGUGGAGGGUAGACAACCCCUUCCUGCCUGCAACAUCUCUCUCAGCCCAGUCCUGUGAAUUAAUGAAGGUGGCCGCCACUUUGCCAGUGUGACUAGUUGGGAUCAGGGGAUUUUCCCCAGCAGCAAUGUUAAAAGUGCAAAGACACUUUUGCUCUUAAAAGUGCAAAAAAUGUUUUUUUUUAAACACAAAGCCACAAGGUGUUUCCCUGGGGACCCUGACAGCUGCAUUACCUGCAAGCUUUAGUGGCGCCAGGGGCAGCAGGGCUGUUGCCCCCGAAUCCGCUCUCCAUGCGCCCACAGUGCACAGAGAGGCAGCUGGGAGGCUAUGGCAGCACCAGGGGUGGUCCAGGGCUAGUGGAGUCAACCAUGCAGACCCUGUCAUGGUAUUUGCCUUCCUGGGUGAAUCAUGUUCUUCUACCAAAGUCCGCAAGGCAUGGGGACCGGCAUCCCUCAGCAGACAUGCGCACUCAGGCAGAAAAAGAGCAAAGAACAUGGCGGGUUCUUCCCGGUUCGUGGCUCUGUGAUCUUCAUUUCUUGUGAGGCGACUCUGUUCUUGAUGUGGCGUUGUGCGUUUCUUCUGAGCUAGGCGUAACUUCUACCCUUCAUGGAACCUAGUGGCAGGACACGCACAGACACACGUACGUGUGUGUGUGUUGGCAUCUUAAUCUCUCCAUUCCGUAUCCGUUUUGUUGCAACAGGACGCUUCCUUUGGUGAAAUGUGGCAAGGGUGAGAGAGGUAAGGCUUAGCUCAGGAUUGGGGAGAUCAGAUUUGGAUUCUUCGGACGUUCGGCUCUCUCUGCAGGCUCCCUUCUGCGGAGUGAUGCUGCCAUAGCAUUUUCCUUGCUGUAAAGCUUACAGCAGUGAGACAGCGCCACACAUAAUUUCACUUUUAGUUCGGACCAUGCUGGGUCUGGAUUGUGCUAUUGCACAUGGCAAUGGCACUUCCUGCCCAACUAAACUUUUGGACAUAAUUUUCAAACUUCCUUCAGGAAGAAGACUAGGCGGAAACCUUUCUGUGGGGAGAUUUGGUGUUUAUUUGGAAGAGUGUUUGUCAGGUGACCCCCUCCCCCGACAUUAGGAAGAAAGACCCUACAAUCAGCUACCUCUCUGAGAACUAGGACUUGGGAACUACAUGGUUAGACAGCUCGGCUUUCCUUUUUCUUGUUACUUACCUGGGAAGGUAUGUGUUUGUGCACAAGAGGGAGGAGGAGAAAUUCUGCUGUUUUUAAUGGGAGAAUUGUGUCAUUCCAUCUUUUAAUUAGCUGUUAGGUUAUCUGGACACAGGAUUUCGCAUCAGCUCAGCCUUGUCUCUGGCUGGUGCCACAGAAUGGCUGCAGUUUGCCUGUUUGGGUGUUGAGAUCUCUAACCAGGGUUUUGAUGGUUCACGGUACAACAUUUAAAUACUGUCCCCGAAGCGGCACAGGGAGACAUAGCAAGCCCCUUUUGAGUCGCCCAUCAAAUCGGAAUGUUUUGGCCUUUCUCAAACCAAGAGAACUUGGUUCCUUGCUUUACGCAAAACUAUCCCAGUGCUGCCAUUGCAUCUAAUCCAUAGAAUCUGCAUUAUGCCAACUUGCUUUUUUAUUUUUAGUUUGAGCCCCUUUCCGUGCCAAGCUCUUCAACUCAACAUCACCAUGGCUGAGCAAAUAUUCCAGCUGAACAUUCUUAUCCACAGGUUUAGGAUUCUACUGUGGCACCAGGAUGAAGGCAAAAACUUUUCUACUAUUUCCAUUCCUUCUUUUGUAGAAUUCUGCAUUCUAAAUUUUUUGCAAAGAUAUAUUUUGAUUACUGCAAAAACAAACAGUGGUUAAUGUUUCUAUUUAAAAUGUAAAUAGGUUGGUAGGCCAAACAGAGUUAAAUAGCAGUGUUUUAAAGGCUUUUGUUUAAUGACAAACAGGAGUUCCAGUGCUGAUUCAAACCAUAUCAGUAUUGCUAACAAAGUGCAUAGAACAAGCACAGCUGCACAAGUCAAGUGAGAGAGAAUCUUUUUUUUUUCUUUUUUCUUUUGCUUCCUGUUUUCCUUUUUGGAGCAAGUGGUUGUGAAGGUAGGAACAGGAGAAUCACUUGAAAGGAUGUAAUUUUCAGAAACACGUUUACUCACCCUCUUAAUAUUUCUGCUUUUCCUGCAGAAAGAUAAUGACCAGGAUCGAAAGAAUUAUAAAUCUGGUCACAGGAAGGUAAAAAGGAGAUGCAUUUUCUCUGGCAACCUCUGCUGUGUCAUGACAAGCUACAUUUGGGAGUUUCAAAGCUUAUAAUAAUGAAAAUGUGAUGUUGGAAGUAAAACCCCAAAUCCUUUUAAGUGUGUACAAGCCCUUUGGCACACCUAAGGGAGCUACAUAAGUCUUUGGAUGAGUCCUUUGAAUCCUGGUCACAGCUUAAUUAUUAUUGUGUUUAAAGUUGUUAAAUGAAGCCAUAAGUUUUAGCAGGGCUUUCUCUCCAUCAGCUUUCUUUUAGCUUGUCUGAUUUCAGCUCGCAAAAACUCUUUUUGCAAACUAGAAAGAAAGGAAGAGGGGAUGCAGGAAUGCUUUAUACACACAUAAAUAUGCACAGCUUGCUUUUUGAAUACUGACAGGGCUGCUGUCUCAUGCGGUUGUAAGCUGUAAUUCCAAGUUUCUUGCUACGCAUCGUUUACAGCCGGGAAAGGUGCUACAGUGCCAUUCAGUGCAAGUUACUUAAAUGCGUUGCAAGAGCAGUUCUUUGCUGUGAUGGAAAAAGUGUGGGUCUUCUUUAAAAAGGAUAGUAAACUUUUUUUUUUUUAGUGAUGGUGUUUUUCAGCUACAAAUUUAAUGGUCUUAACUUUGGGUGCAGAUCGUAUUUUUACUGCAUUUUGGAUUUUUGGAUUGUUUGUAUUAAGUUUCUUCACGUUCUGUAUUAAUCUGCCUUGGAAUAUCCAGCACACCAAGUGUGGUUUUUUGAUUUUUUUUUAAAGGACAAUGGGAACAGAUGUCAUUGGCACAUUUUUUUCUGUGCAGGAGCCUCCAUCCUUCCCCUCUCCUUUCGAACGAAGGUGGAGACAAGAAGGGGAGCAUUACACUGCCGCCAUCUUGUUUUGCUGCAGCCGUGGCUACCUCUAGGAGGCGUUUGACCAAAGGACAAGUUUUCUACCCACUGCCAAAGUAUGUUCCUUCCUUAAUUAUGCUAGAAUAGGAAUGCCUUCAGAAUCAAAAUGACUCUCUCUUCCACUGUAAGUUUUUCCACUGCCCCUUUUCUGGGCUGCCUGUAUGACCUCAGACAUAGAAAAGGUUUGCAGUUAUUAUAAUAAUUUAUUAGAAUGAAGGACCGGCACUUCUUUGAAGUAGUUCUGUACUACACCUGUAAUCUGGGUUAACAUGGAUAAUUUGCCACAUGGAGAUUGUGGAGCAGCAGGGAGAUCAUUAUCCAACAAGGCUUAGCUGGAGCUGUGAUCUAAUGAGAACACAGAAUCGGUGGGCGAGUUUUCUAGAGCCACUGGAAGGAUGCUUGAGCCUGUUCCUUUCAGCUCUGUAACGCGGUGGUGGAAUCACCAGCCCAGGCUUGUUCACCCAUGUAACCUUGAAUGAUUCGGAGUCCCAUCAGCCAUAGUCAACAGUGCCAGCACUCAGGCAUGUCAGGUAUCAUCCAAAACGUCCGGACAGUGCUGGGCUGAGGAAGGCUGCUCUGAGUUGUGACAGAAUGAUUCCAGGAUCUGGCUUUUCUCUCUGUAGUCAUAUUUGAAUUGGUCUGCUGUGAUGCAUGCAUUGGCUUGAAUGCUGGUUUCUCAAAGGGAUGGAGCUGCAUGGAGGACUGGCUGGGGACCUUCGGCAGGAGGUGGAGGCGGCAGCAGCACUCACGGCCUGCUUAUGGGGUUCCCACGGGCAGCUGACUGGCUGCUGUGAAGAGGGAGGCUGGACUAGACAAAGCCCUUGUCUGACACAGCAGGGCUCAUGCAUUGGCACAGCAUGAUGCACACCUCUCCCGCUCCCUCAGGCCUCCAGAAUUCCUGGGACUGAAGUCAUACCUGUUCAUCCAGAUUAAAUCUGUAGCAUAGAGGGAUGCAUAAUGCCUUCCACUCAAAAGGCCGCGGUCCCCUUCUUCCAGGACACUCCACCCCCAAAGAAAAUGCACCAGUGGCAUCUCUGUAACAAGAGGGGUCUCCGCCUCUGAGACAGCUUCACAGAACUCAUUGUAAAUAUUUGACCCGUUUGUACUAAUGUAUUACAUUUAACUUUGCCAAGAAUGUUUUACAUAAAGAUCGAAAAGGC